AUGGGCACCGCAACUUCCACGACGACCGAUGGCACUGAACAUCGGGUGCGAUCCUUGUUAGUUCAGCCUGCACGGAACCUUCGAGACGAUUGGCAGAGGUUCUGGGAGCUAGAGGAAGUACCCACAAGACCGAUAAGCUCGCCGCAGGAUGAGGCAUGCGAAAGUGGAAGCAGGAGUAUUAAUGAUUACCUGGCUGCCGGACCGAAGCUCCAAACUGACCUCUGCGCCAUCAUAACGAGGUGGCGGUUCCAUCGACACGCCUUUUCAAUGGACAUCGUGAAAAUGUUUCGCCAGAUUAAGGUGCACCCAGAGGACAGAGACUGCCAGAGGGUCGUCUGGAGCGACGAUCCAAGCGAGGAAGUACGAGACUUCCGGUUGACGACAGUGACAUACGGCACGACGUCGGCUCCGUACCUCGCAACAAGAGUGCUGCUUCAGCUUGCCGACGACGAAAAGGCUCGAUAUCCGCGGGGUGCAGCGAUGCUCCGAGCGAACGCCUAUGUUGACGAUAUUCUGGCAGGAGGAGACGACAUUGGCGAUGCAGAGGAGGCUCGACGCCAGCUUUCGGACAUCUUUACGGUGGGCGGAUUCCCGCUGGACAAGUGGGCGACAAAUUACAUGCCGUCGAGUUCCAAUCUUGUUGAGUUGUUGCAGGGUCACCAGGAGACAGGCGCACUGGGCCUCAAAUGGAGCACAGCGAACGAUACGCUUUCGCUUGCGACUCCGAAGCUCACGGCUGCAGCACCAGGACAACGAUGGACCAAACGAGUGGUUUUGUCCGAGACGGCUAUGCUAUUCGACCCCCUAGGUUGGCUGUCACCGAUUACCGUGACUGCGAAAAUCCUACUGCAGGACCUCUGGUUAUCUGGAUAG